AUGGCCAUUUUUAGUGCUCCCAGAUCCGUCCAAAAUGCCAACGCCUACUCUCUGGUGCCUCGUCAGCUCGUGACGCAGUCCGACAUGGGCAUUUCGUCCGUUCUGCAGAAUGUCCCUCAUUCCAGUCACCCUUCGUUUUUGAACCUCGUCCUGCUCGUCUUCGAAGCGGUCCUGGAAGUCAUCUGUGUCAGUCUGCCUGGCUACAUUGCCGCCCGACAAGGCUUGUUCGAUGCCGAUGCGCAGAAACUGGUGGCCAACCUGAAUGUCACUCUCUUUACGCCAUGCCUAAUCUUCAUCAAGCUGGGGUCGCAAUUGACGGCAGAUAAACUCACGGAUCUCGCGAUCAUCCCCCUCAUCUUCGUCGUACAAACCUUUGUAUCCUUCAUGUGUGCUUUCGUGGUGGCUCGAUGUCUUCGCUUCAAAAAACGGGCGGCCAACUUCCUGACGGCCAUGGCGGUGUUCGGCAACUCCAACUCGCUUCCGAUCUCCCUGGUCAUGUCGCUGUCGCAGACGUUGAAAGGUCUUCAUUGGGAUCGUGUGCCCAACGAUAAUGACGACGAGGUGGCCGCCCGCGGCAUCCUCUACCUGUUGAUCUUCCAGCAACUUGGUCAGCUUGUCCGCUGGAGCUGGGGAUACCACGUUCUCCUGGCUCCCCGAGAACGGUACCUGGAGGAGGCCGAGCGGGAAGAAGGGACGCGCGUCGAGCAGGGGCAGGCACGGUACACCGAUAACCCGGAGCAAAUUGACCCUGACGAGCCGCUGGUCAGAACCCGAAGCUCGGAGGAUUUGCUGGACGGUUCGUCCACGAGUGGUGAUGACGAGACGAACGGGUUUUGCUCCGGCGACCAAACCCCUGUCAACACGCGCACCUAUUCAUAUACGAAGCUGUCGCCACGCCAGUCGGUCCACCACGAAGACCACCCUCGCUUGCUCGGUUCCCCGCCGCGUGGGGAGUUUCUGCCCCGGCAGAGCACCCAAGGCGACAUUCUCUGCUUCCCGAACGUCGAACUACCUUCGCAGGAUGAUUCCCCUAAGACCGUAAUCUCGCGCGUCCGGACCUCCACGCGCCGCCUGAGUGGUCACGUAGCUGGUGGCUGGGAAAAGGCGACCGGCAAGGCGUUUGAAAAACUGCCCACUCGUCUGCAGAAGUUCAUCUCACUCGUCUGUAUGUGGACGCGGAAGAUUUUCCGAGGCGCGUGGGCGUUCAUGAACCCGCCUCUCUGGGCAAUGCUCGUGGCCAUCGUGGUGGCGUCCGUUCCCGCCCUGCAGCAGCUCUUCUUCGAGGAGGGUACUUUUGUGCAGAACUCCGUUACUCGAGCCAUCAACCAGAAUGGCCAGGUCGCCGUCCCGUUGAUUCUCGUGGUUCUCGGUGCCAAUCUGGAGCGAAACACUCUUCCCAAGGAAGCCAUGGAGGACAUGGAAAACACCGGCGAGGAGCGCAAGCUGAUCAUCGCGUCGCUGGUGGCGCGCAUGCUGCUUCCGACGCUCAUCAUGGCUCCCUUGCUGGCGCUCGUGGCGAAAUACGUCCCCGUCAGCAUCUUGGACGAUCCCAUCUUUAUUAUCGUCUGCUUCCUGAUCACCGGCGCGCCGUCGGCUCUGCAGCUGGCGCAAAUCUGCCAAAUCAACAAUGUUUUUGUCGGCUCGAUGUCGAAAAUCUUGUUCCAAAGCUACGUUGUGUGGAUUCUACCCUCUACUCUCGUUCUUGUCAUGUGUGCAUUGGAGGUCGUGGAAUGGGCUUCCACCUAA